AUCUAAACAAUACAUCCCCGACCUGUCCCCUGCGUAAAGAACGUGCGCAACGGGAAAAACUGACGAUGGGUCAGAAAAAAUGACAAGGGGAAAACACUGGGCGGAUUACUAGGAUUGGAUGGCACGAGUGAUGCAAUCCCUGCAUCCUCCGAUACCCCAACUGGAUUGCGGAGAAUCUGGCCGUAUAUUUUGCCUCACCGAAUUUCAUUUAUGACAAUUACUACCGUUACCGAGCGAGCACACUUUUAACAAGUGCCUCUUCGUUACGUGUGUAUUUCUCUACGCCCGUGAAAUAGGACCUAAACAUCUUCAACAUCAAUGGAAGCAGAAUGAAAUCUUAUGCCAAUUGUUGAACGAGUGAUUGCAUCUUUGCAUGUUGUGAAGCACGACCUUUGCUUCGAGGUGCACCCUGGAGAAUUGCGUAUCGACUCGUUUUCGCCUCUCGUUUUAAACUGAAACGCUCGGUUGCAUCCUAGAUAUCAGAUACUUGAUCGGUUUUCCAUUCGUCUCGGAAUUUUUUUUUUUUUUUUUUUGGCCGUCAAAACCUACAGGGAAAUAAUUUACCGUCGCAUCCCUUUUCAUCUUCACUAUGAAUUACCUGCGACGUCGACUAUCGGACAGUAAUUUCAUGUCCAACUUGCCCAAUGGCUACAUGAGCGAUUUACAGCGGCCCGAUCCGCCGCAGCAGAGCCCAGCCCCGGUGCUCUCGCCGGGCUCUCAAGAGAGGCGUCCACCCCCCAGCCAGUCUACCGGCGCCGGCUUCUUUUCCUCCAUUUCCAACGCCGUCAAACAGACCACCGCCGCAGCCGCCGCUACCUUUAACGAGGCCACCGAGAGAGGAAUCGGUUCGAGCAACGCCAAGAUCCUCCUGGUCAUUGAUGACCAGCAGACAGACUGGGCAAAGGUGUUCAAAGGCAAGAAGGUUCAUGGUGAAUUUGACAUCAAAGUAGAACAGGCUGACUUCUCUGAGGUUAAUCUGGUGGCUCAUGCAACAGGAAGCUACAGCGUGGACAUUGAGGCCAUCCGCAAUGGCAACAAAAUCACAAAGUGUUUCAAGCCAGAUUUUGUGCUGGUGCGACAGCAUGCUUUCAGUAUGGCCAAGAAUGGCGACCACAGAAACAUUGUGAUUGGACUUCAGUAUGCUGGUCUGCCCAGUGUCAACUCCCUUCACUCGGUCUACAACUUCUGUGACAAACCAUGGGUGUUCGCUCAGUUGUCCAGAUUGUACAAGCAGUUGGGUCCAGAGGAGUUCCCACUGAUCGACCAGGUUUAUUACCCCAACCACAAGGAGAUGAUCACCACACCUGGCUUUCCUGUGGUAGUGAAGAUGGGUCAUGCUCACUCUGGCAUGGGAAAGGUCAAAGUGGACAAUCAAUAUGAUUUCCAAGACAUUGCUAGUGUUGUAGCUUUGACAAAGACCUAUGCCACAUCUGAGCCUUUUAUUGACGCCAAAUAUGACAUCCGAAUCCAGAAAAUCGGUGACAAUUACAAGGCCUACAUGAGGACAUCUAUAUCAGGCAACUGGAAGACCAACACUGGAUCAGCCAUGUUAGAGCAGGUGGCCAUGUCUGACAGGUAUCGCAUGUGGGUGGACGUAUGCUCUGAGGUUUUCGGAGGUCUUGAUAUAUGCGCUGUAGAGGCAUUGCAUGGUAAAGACGGUCGAGAUUACAUCACAGAGGUCGUGGGCUGCUCAAUGCCUCUCAUAGGAGACCAGCAGGAUGAGGACCGGGCUCUAAUAGCUGAUCUUGCUGUGGCUAAAAUGAACCAGACUGUGCCACGCACUUCAGCUCCCACUCCAGUCCAUUCUCAGGGCCCAGCUGUUUCACCUCAACCCAUCUCUCAGUCAAGAGCCCCCCAGGCACAACAGCGCCCCCCUCCACAGGGAGGUCCACAACAAGCAGCUGCUAGCACUACUGCUGCCCGUCAAGGAGCCCCACCACAACAGCGCCCCUCUCCCCAGGGCCAGCCCCCUGCCCAAACCCAGUCUGUGACCAGUCCUAAUGCCCAGAACCCCCCUGCCCAACAAACCCGGCCCAAUCAACCCCCACAGCGACAAGCCAGUCAAGGGGCCGCAGGUCAGCAGAGGCCCCCCACAGCACAGGGUCCCACCCAGCGUGGCCCAGGUGGAUCUCCUCAGUCACCGAGGCCCCAGCAAGGUGGUCCGCAACAGCAGUCACAGAGGCCUCAAACUGGUGGCCAGGGUCCCAAACCAGCUGGCCAGCCUCAGCAGAGGCCUCAACAGCCAAGACAAGGCCAGCCAACCAGGCAGCCUACCCAGGGUGGGUCACAGCCGACCCAGGACCCCCCUCAACCAGCCCCACAACAGCAGGGCAGUCCCCGCCCUCCUACCACUCAGCAACCACGGCCUACUGCACAGGGCCAGGGAGGUCCAGGAGGUGCACGACCUCCCUUGCAGCAGAAACCCACACCUCCACAGAAACCAAGUCCUGAUCACCCAGCUCUGAGUGGAUCGCCGCAGCUUAACAAAUCCCAGUCUCUUACCAAUACAUUCAACAUUCCAGAAACGCCGGCCGCCCAGCACCAAAGUCCUAGUCAGGACGAAGCCAAGGCUGAGACCAUCCGCAACCUUCGGAAAUCCUUUGCAAGCCUCUUCUCCGUGGAAUAAACACACACACACACACACACACACACACACACACACACACACACACACACACAGAGAGAGAGAGAGAGAGAGAGAGAGAGAGAGAGAGAGAGACACACAAACACACAUAGACAGAGAGGUUAUGGAGUCUUUCUAAAAAAAAACAUGCAAACACAGACAUUCGUCAAGUGUACACAGAAAGGACCAAUUAUAUCACACAUUGCAGUGCACAUCAGAUCUGUGCACGUCAAUUUGCAAUGCGACAUUAAUAAAACACUGCCUGCACUAAUAAAGACUGCAGUAUGAAGUGAGAAAUCACAGCAUUACUGCAGUUAGAUCUUUUAACACAACUGAAUUCUUUAGACACAUUCCCAGUUUUUCGAGUCCAACCAAUGGAGGGAGGUGUGAAAAUAAAAUACCACACACAGAAACACUCACAUGCACCCUUUUACACUACCUACACAGUGACUGGACCCGCAUACACUUAGCACACGUGCUAACUUUUGCCUAUUCAUUCCAGUCUCAUAUUAUUAACUUAUAAUCCUAGAUCCUUUUUGAAAAUGAAAAGUUUUGGUGGACAUUUUGUUGUAAAACCAUCCACCGCCAUGCUCUCUCAGAUAUAUGAUAUCUGAAGUAUGUCUGCUAAUUGUUUGAAGCAUGUUCUGUUACAAUAAGGGGCACCAUCUAAUGAUUUGACCACGCGACACAUUGUACUGUAACCGAAUGGUGUAUCGUUCCGUAUUUUACAUGCUUGAGCAGGAUUUAGGAUUUUGCAAUGAUGACCCAUUGUGGCGUUGUUAAAAUUUUGCACAAGCUUCCAUCAUCGAAACUUACCCCCGUGGCUGUUAGUGCUAGCCACUUGCGAUACUUGCAUGUCACUUAAGGAGAACAUAGUUGCACAAUGUGGGUGGUCUUGCUUUGUGUCGUGUCGUUGCACCUAGAUAAGGUAGUUGUAGUGAAAACGUUGUUUCAUUUUCGUGAGCAAGCUGUCGCUGCUUCCCUGACGUCCCUUUUCCUGACAAAACACACACAAUGGUACACCUUCCGACGUGUUGAAUAUGCCUUAGCCAGAUAGGCAUACAAAAAGAGAUUGGUGUUGUGCAAUCACAUAUGUCUCAGGGAUGUCCUGAAGAGAAAGACACAAUGACCUAGCGUCGGUGAUCAGGUCUUCCAACCCAUUACUGUAGAGAGUUACUGAUUGCGAAGGCCAGUAAAUGGAGGAAUCUGUCGAAUGUAUUCGAUUGCUACAUAAACAUGUUUGCACACUAAUACUGUAACACUUGAGAACAUACAAGAUGGUUGAAAGCUCAGGAAGAUUUGUUGCAUCAAGAGAAGGUAUGUUUUGCAUGCUUGGAUGAGCAUGUAGGUGUUUGGAACUGCUUGUUCAUUACACUUGGGCCCUAUGAAAACGCAAAGCCAAAAUACAAAGCCAAGGAUGCCAUCAGCAGCAAACGUCUUCACUGAAAGAUCACCUUUCGAGGAGAUGCUCUUCACAUGUUGGGUUUUAGACUAAACUGCAUUUAGUAUGUCCCAGUGUGAUCCCAGUUACACAAUGUGGAUCCUUAAACCAACUACUCCUGAAACUUCUCGCCAUACUCAAGGAGUUUAGAGCUGAACUGGCAGUGUCUUCCACAAGUGAGGAUAAAACAUCCCAGUACUGGUGUGUUUUAGGCAAUAUAUUUAGUCAAGGAGUCCUGACCCAAUCCCGAAACCUCCCCUGCUUUCCCGCUCACCAGCCUGUUGUGUUUUUUCAUAGUGAUCCUCUUGUGACAAAUGGUGUGUGUUAAUGUGUAUAUAUAUGUAUAAUGUAAUGUGGUACCGUAAACUGUCUAAACCAAAUAGAAGUGUUGUUCAGAUCUUAACUCAACAAACGAUGCAAACGUCCUGUAUUUGAUUUGAUCCUCAAAAGGUGAUCGUUGUGGGUCUUGUGUAAGACAGGAUUUUACUUCAAUCAGUGAUAUAGGUUGUGCAAUAUCUCCACUGUAAACUAAACCUAACAGGUCUGUGUUCUUUAUUUGACCCAUUUUGUGACAAAUGCAGUUGUUAAAACUCAUCUUCAGUGUGUCCAUUGAUAUGAUUGUAAGUGGCUUGACUGGUUCACAUAUGUGAUUAUCUAUAGAUGGUCCUCCAUGAUAUUGUUGUGGCUCAGGCAAACUUUCAGUGCUCUUCUAUGUGGUUCAUGUUUUUAACAGUUAGGAUAGAUAUGUAUGUUAAAUGAUGGCUUUAAUAAAUGUCUAAGGAAUAACUGUAUCACUGAUGCAAUCAAGUUUUGGAGGCAAAUGAAAUUUCAGUAAUUUAUUUGAAUGUUGCAGUACUUAUGGAAACCAUGCCUGAGGUUUGUACUACAUGAUUUGGUUUAAGUUUUUUGGCAUAUUUACAUUUGUGUACUUUCUUAUUUAUAUAGCCUAUUGAGAGGAAUUAUCGCCUUUAAAAAAAAUUUAUUCAAAUGGGUCAUCAUUUCUAAAUAGGUUUGACUGUUUGAUUCUCAGUGAAUUGUAUUGUCUGUUCAUGCCUGCCAAUUGUAUAAAGAAAGGAAGAUAUAAAACUGAAUCAUAAAUAUAUAGAAUUAUAGUCUUAAAUUCUAUUGAAAUGAGAAAUAUUGUUAAACAUUGUGUAGUAUUACACAAACAAAUGCAACUUUGAUGUGAUCUUCAAUGUAGCUUAAUAAUGGUGUCAAAUUACUAUGCUAAAAUGUGCACAUAAUCAAUAAAGUCUAUCAAAUAAA